AUUCUUGACAUAUUUGUUGAUGUUUUGCCGCCGGUUUCGUUAUUAUACGUACAAAAUCACGGUGUUUAUAGAAGGAUAUCUCGCACGUAGCCAUCAAGGAUGUAAAAUGCAGACAUCAACGAUUUUCACUCUUCUAAUGUAAACUGUCAUACUAUCAAGUGUACAAAGAAAAAAUAAGAACAUUCAAGGACUAGUGAAAUGAUGAUGUUAUGUCUAUAAUUUUAAUAUAUUACUGAAGCUGAAUGCGAUUGAAUACGAUUUUCGUUCGCAGAUGGAUCAAACUGUCGUCAACGGUUCGGUCGCAGCGGCCAACGGCACCACCGGCGGCGCUCCGGGAUCGGUAUCGGGCACCAACUGGACCACAGCGGUGUCGGACUUUACGCCGGUGCUAUCGCCGUUUGAGUCUUGGCAGAAAGUCAUCAUCGUCCUGGUCAUAGGCGUGUGCAUGGUGCUAACCAUCACCGGUAACAUACUGGUGCUAGUGUCGUUUAUCGUGGAUCGGACCAUCCGGCAGCCAAGCAACUACUUCAUCGCAUCGCUGGCCGCCACGGAUAUGUUGAUCGGUACGGUGUCGAUGCCAUUCUACUGCGUGUACAUACUGCAGGGGUACUGGGACCUGGGACCGUUGYUGUGCGACCUGUGGCUGUCCGUCGACUACACCGUGUGCCUGGUGUCGCAGUACACAGUACUGUUGAUCACGGUCGACCGGUUCUGUUCGGUGAAGAUCGCCGCUCGGUACCGGGGCUGGCGGACCAAAGACAAGGUUAUGUGGAUGGUCGUGCUCACGUGGAUCAUCCCGGCGCUGUUGUUCUUCACCAGCAUAUUCGGAUGGGAACACUUUGUCGGCUACAGGGACCUGUUGCCGGGCCAAUGCGCAGUGCAGUUCCUCAAGGAUCCCGUGUUCAACACGGCCCUGAUCAUCGGCUACUUCUGGACUACACUCAUCGUGCUGUUCGUGCUGUACGGUGGCAUCUACAAGGUGGCGUACGAGAUGCAAAARAAAAGUGAGGCGAAACAGCGCAAGAUGCAGUCGAUGGUGGCGCUGAGUGCUGGCACCGUAUCCGGUAUGGCCGGUCACGCGGCCGGCAUCGGCAUGUCAAAGACUCAGAGCACUCUACUCGUGCACGACAAGCCGCAGCAGCAGCAACAACAACAACAACAACAACAACAACAGAACCAGCAACAGCAGCAUCAACAACAGCAACAGAAUCAAAACCAACAACGACAGAUGGCGGCCGACAGUAAUACAUCGUCCGGUUUCGAUGAGAACGCAGCGGAGGCGGCGGCCUGCCGGAACACAAGCCCGAACGAUCGCAACGCUACGGCCGUGGUGGUGGUGGACAAGGAACGAUCGAGCAGUCCGGCAUUUGAGUCGGACGAGGAGAGCACGACAGGCGAGAAGCAACAGCAGAUCAACUGGCCGCGCAAAAAAUCUGUGGCCGAACUGAUCGUCCAGUCGGCGCUCGUGCAGCGGUCCAACAGCGGCAUACACCUGUCGCCGUCCGACAACCUCAUACCGUAUACCAACACGUCCGGUAAUAACAACAACAACGGUAGUAAGAUCGUCCGGUCGUUUUCAAAUGUGGCCGUCGUCAAUUGUGGACGGCAGACGGAAGCGCGACGCCAGACGCCACCCGGCACGCCUUCGCCACCAGACAGCCGGGUGGACGCGCUCGUUGGUAUGGACACAAGUGAACUACACUUCAUGGACGACAGUUCCAUCGUCAUUGGGUCGCCGACGUUCGAGAGUCCGACCAACAGCACCAGUUCAAUAAACGAGACGAUGUCUUCGGCCCAGUGUUCUCCGGCCCACGGUGCCGCGGCCUCGUCUUCGCUGUUACAGGCCGCGCUCAUCCGGGCGGCUGCUGCUCAGCAGAUGAGCCAGUCGCAUGGCCCCGCCGUCACCAAGGUCAACACGGCCGUCGUGGUAGACGGCCGCCAUCGUGGUUCCGCGUCGGUCACGAAUACCACGACCGUGGUGGUGACCGAGCGUGGCCGUGGUGCUACAGGUAAUGGCGAUGACGACGACGACGGCGACGAUGACGGUGACGACUGUGACGCGGCCGCCACCGGGACCGGUGAAAAAUCGUCGUCCGAUACGACCAAGAGCGGCGGUGGUGGUGGCGGGGGCGGUGGCGGAGACAGUGGGGACAAGCGUGAGGGCAGUUCUCGCGGUGACUUCGUCCGGACCAUCGGCAAGCGUCUAAAGGUGAAACGA